AUGGUCACCAGACCGGCCGAGUCUGAGGACAGUUCCAACAUGCCCUCACUCAAGUGCCGACGUAUCGGAGAGAAGCAAGCGCCUUCUGCGGCUUACCAACAGCUUCAGGAACAGCAGAGAGUGGAGAGGAUAGUUCAAUGUGCCAUGAAGACAGCCCCGAAGGUAGGGAAACGGUUCUUUAUGGAGGGAGAACUUAUCCAAGAAGUCCAAAAGUGUUUCCCCGAUAUGAAAAUAAUUGGGGUAGAAACAUGCAAGGGUGCGGAUCGUUGCAGACCUCCUCCUAAGGAAGUUUCAUCCCAAAGAGCCCCUUUCCGAAGAACUAUGGGAGUCCACAGACAAACAUCACAAGCCUUUUGUGAUGAAACCUGGGAAGAAUGGCCCUUGCUGAAACGAAAACAAUUGAUCCGUAACUGCCAACCUGCAAGAUUGCUCAUCACAAUUUUUGCGCAGUCCCUGGAGCCAGUAGACAGAGAUGCGAGGAGCGAGCCUGGUAGCUCUUCGAGCACGAUCCCAAGAGCCUCUGAAGACUCUUCCAAGAGGAUCCGCCUGACUGAGCCGAAACCUAAUGAAACUGUUCCACCGGAACAGAAACCCAUGCAUGUCCAAAGCCCAGAUCCUGAGCCCUCAGGCGUGAGAGCAGAACAUGGUCCCAAGUUUAUGCAAUUGAGUACAGAACAGCGACAACAGCUCAUCCGAAUGCAUAACAACUUAGGACAUCCUGACUCCACCCUGCUAGGAAAUGUUCUGAAAGAUCAGAAGUGGCCCCCAGAAGCCAUUGAAGGGAUCAAAGACAUGCACUGCUCAGCCUGCUUCGAACGCCAGAAGCCUCGCCUGGCACGCCCUAGCCAUUUGGGAGAACCCAGACAGUUCAAUGAUUUGGUGGCGAUUGACUCCAUCAAGUGGACAAAUGCCCAGGGACAGUCCUAUCUCUUUUACCAUAUCAUUGAUACCAGCUCGAACUAUCAUGUUGCCAUCCCGUGUGAACACAGACCAAACUCAGAACAAUUAGCCCUACUGUUCACCAAAUAUUGGAUCAACUGGGCCGGACCUCCCAAGAUGCUGCUUCACGAUAGUGCUGGGGAAUUUUGCAGCGAAGAAUUUGCCAGGUACCUUCAGGGUUAUGAUAUUCGAAGCAGUACCAUACCUGCUGAGGCACAUUGGCAGCUUGGCCGUUGCGAAAGACAUGGUGCAAUUCUCCAAGCGAUGCUGGAAAAGUGGCAGGUACAAUCUUUCAUGAAAAACCUGACCAUGAGAGAACAAGCACGAAUUGCAUUUGUCAAAGCCGACCAUGACAUGAAGCUCCGUAGGUCGCUGUUGCGUCGGAGUCGCCCUGACAGAGGCCAGUUCUUGCCCAAUCAGUGGGUCAUGUAUUGGCGAUCCGGAAAAGGAGCACUGCCGGGUUCAUGGCAUGGGCCUGCCCGAGUGAUCAUGCCGGAGAGCCAAGGGAUUGUUUGGGUGUCCCAUCAAAGCAGGUUAUACCGAUGUGCCCCUGAACACCUGCGGAACUUGUCACAGAGAGAAUCCGAAAUCCCAGAAGUGAAGGCAUCACCAGAGCCACCUCCAUUUCCCCAAGCCAUGGGCACAGGUAUCGAUGUUGCCCUCCCUGACACAGAUGAGGGGGAAGAUAGCCUUCUUGCCACGAAAGUGACACAAGACUAUUGGGAGAUUUGCAAGGGAAAGGUGAUCCGCCAUCAUGUCGUUCCCAGAAUCAAGAUGUUCAAUCCGGUAUGCAUAGAAGAUGUUCCGGUACCCCUGGAGUGGCUAGAAUCCAAAAGACACACACGUGUGACGCCCAAGUAUGGCCCCUGCUGGGAACAUUUUGAUGAAUGGCGUGGCAACAUCCUAGGUGCUAAGGCCAAGGAGAUAUCCUCUUGGCUGUCCACCGAAACGGUGCGCCGAAUAGCUCGGAGCCAAAUUCCUGAAGAACAAAUCCUCCGAUCCCGAUGGGUUCUGACGUGGAAGCCGAGAGAUGAGAGUGAUCCAAUGAAAGCCAACCAAGGGGCAGCCGCUCUGACGGACGUAUCCUUGGCAUGGAGCCACCAGUGGAAAUGCGCCAUCAAAUGCAAAUGCAUCAUCCACGAUGUGGAUGCCGUUCUCCAAGCUCGAGCAGACAAACGCUCCAAGAAGAUGUGGAUGAAUCAAGAAGGCUCAGGAUCUGAAACUCAGGGGGUUAUUCGGCGUGUCCAAAAAGAGCCAUUGGUGCGCUUGGGAGCGCGGUUGCGAAGCCAGGGAGCUUUAUCAGAUCAGGUGGUCAAGGAGAUUCAAUUGAAGGUCAGGCCUGCGCGAAACUCAGCAGUGAAUUUUGCUGGUCCUCAGUGGCAAGGACUUCAGUGGGCAGAUGCUUCAAACCCCAGGAAGCGCAGGGCCUUUGCCACUGUCAGCGUGGAUGUGGGCCUGGCACCUAGUGAUGAUCAUAUGUCCAAGUCGGUCGCCGCCUUGGGCAACAGUUUGCACUCCCAACUGGACCGCUGCAACCCGCAGGAUCACGCCAACUUCCUGUGGUCCAUGGUGGUGCUAACGGCGGCAGAGAGGCAGAUGUGCGGCGCCAUCGCCCAGUCGGCUUGCGACAAGCUCGAUGAAUUUUCCUCCACCCAGCUGUCAGCUGUGCUUUGGGCAGUCUCCAAGGCCAGCUUUGACGAGCCCACACUGUUCCAGGCAUCAGCAGGGCGACUUCGAGACGAGACAAUGACCAAGUCGCUUGGUACACAGCACGUGGCCAAUUUGCUUUGGUCAUUCGCGGUGGCGCAGCAGCGCCCAGAGAUGGUACACGGGCUCACCAGCAGAGCUAUGGAGAUGGCAAAUGAGUUUCGUUCACAGGAGCUGACAGGUCUUCUGUGGGCCUUUGCAGGUGCUGGUUGGUCGGAAAGCGCUCUCAUUGGACCAUUGGCCAGAUCUUCCACAUUGAAGGUCUUGGACUUUCGCGCGGAUGAGCUCGCCACGGUGGCAGCUGCCUUGGCGAGGCUGAACCAGGAUUCCAGCGGCCUCUACCGGAGCUGUUUGCAGCGCCUGGGUGCCGUUCCAGCAAGGUGGAUUGCGUUGUCAGCAGAUGAAGUGGUCGCCACACUGUGGGCCUUGGCCCGUGCAAAGAAACACCUCACGGUCGAGAUGUCAAGCAUUGAGACCAACAUAAUCGAAGCGGCAGCUGCGGCGUGUGUCGCCACGGCAGACCGCUUCACAGCAGGCGCACCUUCAUUGUAA